UUAGUAACAACCCGAUCGCCGUUUUUCCUUCACCGCCAAACGGUCCCACUGGACGCAUCACUUUUUCGGUAGCAAAAACUUGUAGAAAAUUGUCAAUUCAAUUCGCUGGUAGUUGUAUAUCCAUGUGAAGCAGAGAUAAGCCAACUCUACCCGUCGCCCACGCCACGUCGCACAGUCGCGCCCCGCCAGAAAUAUCAAAAGCAGGCCCCAGAGACCGUAAUAUUAUCCCAAAAUGAGCUCCUCGAAUGCGGGACAGCGCACGAAGCUAAUUCAGGAAAAGUGCCAGACCCUUCUGACGCAGAUGCUCCGCGACGAGGAUAACAAAUACUGCGUGGACUGCGAUGCCAAGGGUCCACGCUGGGCUUCCUGGAACCUGGGCAUGUUCCUCUGCAUUCGCUGCGCCGGCAUCCAUCGCAACCUGGGCGUGCACAUAUCGCGCGUGAAGUCCGUCAACCUGGACACUUGGACUCCGGAGCAGGUAAUCUCGCUGCAGCAGAUGGGGAACUCGCGAGCUCGCGCCGUCUACGAGGCGCAGCUGCCGGACGGAUUCCGUCGCCCGCAGACGGACACAGCGCUGGAGAACUUCAUCCGGGCCAAGUACGAGCACAAGAAGUACCUGGCCCGCGAAUGGGUGCCUCCCUCGCCGCCCAAAGUGGACUGGGGUAAGGAGAUCGACGAGGAGCUGGAACGGCAGAAGCGCAAGAAGAAGACCACGCAGGCCCAGGCCACUUUGGGCCUCGGUGGAGUGACCAGUGGCAGCGGCGACAAGCGUCUGUCCGGGUCAUCAGUGACGGCGCUUAAGAACACCCCCCUGCCCGCACCGCUGCCAAAACCGAAACCCAAUCAGGUCGGCGGCUGUAGCCCAAAGACUACGCAGCGCAUCCAGCUGAACAGCAGCGGCGCCAGCAGUGCCGGCGAAAGUGACCUCUUGGGCCUGUCCUCGCCCACCAAGCCCAUUGUCGCGACCAGUGCCAGCCAAGACCUGCAAAACGAAAGUUUCACCAGCUUUCUCAGCGCCGAAUCGAUUGCCGGACAACCGGAAAAGCCGAACGGCAGCAACGGUGACGCCGCCAAUUUGAUGGGCUCGAAGCCGAACUCGCUGGCACAAGAGGAGCAGGACUUCUUUAACCAGGGGACACUGGGCGCCAGCGGCAGCGAGAAGGAUCAGUCCGGCAAGAUGUCCAAGGACAGCAUUUUGGCGCUGUACGGCAGUGCGCCUACUACCCACAACCCCCAAAUGAACUUUGGCGGCUUUACGGGCAUGGCACCAGGCGGUUAUAUGCAUCAGCAGCAGCAACAGCAGAUCCCCCACCAGUUCAUGACACCUCCGAACUCAGUGAGCAUGUACAAUUCGCCAGUUAUGGCUGCGCCGAAUGCGUUCAGCAACGCUGCUAUCAGCAGUGCCACUGCAAUGAGCAUGGGUGGCUCCCAUGGCUUCACCGGAGCCCAGUUUCCUAGCACGGGGGGCAGUCCUUAUGCUGCCGGUGGUCAGGGAGCUGCAACGAAUCUUAUGCAAACGAACCAGAGCAUCCUCAGUGGGAUGCCGCUCUUUGGGGCUGUUCCACAACAACAACAACAGCAGCUUCAGCAGCAACAUCACCCACAGCUUGGCGGCCUCUCCAUGAACUUAAUGCAGCCCCUGUCCAGUGGUUUGAACAUAGGCCAACCACAAGGAUCGGGCGGAUUCGCCGCCAACGGGCCUACCACCUCCUCAGUACCAUCAAAUCUUAACCAGCAGUUUGGAAAUCUUAAUAUCGGUAAUGUGUGGCAAUAAAUACAUGUGUAUUUAUGUAGUUGUAUUCCUUUAAUUAAUUGUAAGACACGAGUGUUCGUCUCGGUGUUGCAAAAUGUGUGUGAGACGAUGAUGCUUGUUUAUAUACAUUCGAUUUAUACAACAACUUGCCAACUUAGUUAGUUGUCCUGGGACAAUUCGGAGGAAACCUAUUCGUAUUUAUAGCAGAAUUCAAUGUCAAGCAAGCCACUGUUUUAAACGAUGUUCAUGUCCACCAGAAAUCGCGUCUGCUCGUUCAAAUCUAUUCCAAUUAAACCAUUAAACGUACAUACACUUGUAACACCCAACUACAUUAAAUUGAACCACAGAACGUAAUGCACUUCCCAAUCAAAUGUACAUGUUAUUUUGAAACAUUAGCUAGGUAUAUGAUACGCAUGCAUUAAAAAAUCGUCCAUGCCAGGGUACGAAUGUAAGGUGUAGAGAUCUGGCGAAGUACUUUUUAGAUGCUUGAUAUCCUUAAGAACAUAUUCACGCCUGUUUGUCAAUGUGAAUCUAAAAUAUCAUGGCUGGGUUGUCAAUGGAUUUAUUGUAUUGUAUCGAUUCUUAAGUUGCUAUGUCUAAGGAAGAAAUCAAACCACUUCGAACUGUGUAAUAAUAAAAUAUUCAGACAAUUGUA